GUUCUUAAUGGCAUUUGUGACCGAGGCUUAAACCGGUGAACUCCACUACAUGGUUCAUCAGACACUGCACAAGCUGAUCGGAUUUAGAUGCACAAGAUGGCUGCGACCAAGCAACUAUCAGAUAGUCUGCAAUGUCCAAUAUGCACGGAGUUACUCAGCAAGCCGAAGCUUCUACCAUGCUCACAUUCCUUCUGCGGAAGUUGUUUAUACCAACUUCACUCUUUUAAAGGAUUCACUGUCACAAUAUCUUGCCCAGUGUGCCGUCAGGUUGCUCAUGUACCGAGGAAUAACGUGUGCAAUUUUCCGACUAAUCAAAUUGCAAAGUCUCUUGCCGAAGAUUUCAAAAAGCAAUCAGAUACGAAAGCAAGGAGUGGUAAAAGGCAUGGGGCAUGUAGUGGCCAACCUUGCACCGUUUGCGAUGGUGAUGAUCGAGACAUUGCCACCUACUACUGCCAGAACUGUUCAGAAUUUCUUUGCGAUCAUUGCUUACAACAGCAUAAGAAAUAUAAGCGGAAUACCUUACAUGAAGUGGUAAAAGCAAGAGACAUUCAGUCAGGGUUUGUCAAAAUGAAAUUCGCGUGUCCUGAACAUCCACAAGAAUUGCAGCAGUUCGUGUGUAUUACAUGUUUGGAUCGCAUCUGUUGUAGGUGUCUGGAAGUCACCCAUAGGGCUGACGGGCAUGGAGUCAUCGGGAUGACCGAAUAUGAAGAAAGUCAACAACAGACAUUUGAGUUUUUGCUGCAGAAAACAGAACAAAGAUCUGUGAUUAUUCAGAAUCACUUAUCUUUUGUAAAGGAAAAGCUUCAAACUGUGAAAAAUAGUGUCAGUCAACGACAGCAAGAAAUUAAGAAUACAUACGAUGUUGCAGCUGAGCAAUUGCGAAGGAGGAAAUGUGAAUUGCUCGAUGAAUGUAAUACCUAUAGAAACACGUUUUGUCAUAAAUUGGAAGAUAUAAUCGACAGCCAUAAUGACUUUCUAGAAACUAUAUCUGACAAGGCUUCACUUGUAAACGAGGGAGUCAAAAGGCCACACCACCCAGACCUAUCAAUAUCUGAGCAUGCUGCGCGAGUCGAUGGCCUUGAAACCAUUCUCAAAGGAGGAGAAGAAGCCCUCUCCGCACUUAUUCCUGAGUCGACAUACAUAGCUCACCAAGCGAAGUUACUGACCUUCAAUCGCGCUGCUACCACCAGUGCUCUUGAUCUUGGUAGGCUUCAUGUUAAGGAAUAAGAGCUUGAAGAAGAACCAGAGGGAAGUGGUAGAGAAACGACCUGCUUGACCCCGAUAAAGGAUAGAAAAGUAAGAUGUGUUUCUAUGAA